AUGCCUGCAGCAGCGUCAGCAGCAGUUGCCGCUGGCUCCAGACUGCCUCUCGAUGCCGCAGUCCCAACCUUCGACAAGAAGCGACGUCCAAACAAGAAGUCGGAUGUGGAGGAAAUCGACCCUGACCACCGGAUGCAGGCUUUCUACGGUGUCAGGCUUCUUUUGGCACCAGCUAGUGAUGCGAGUUCUGCCGGCGGGAUGGGAAGUAUGAGCGGCAAGCGAAAACUUCGAAGGCUCUCUUCGACCACUCUAGUGAUUACAAGCAACCGCAUGAUAUCGGCCGCCUCUACCGAUCAAUAUCGGCCUGAGGAGGCACCCGAUCUCAAAAGACCGAUUCGUCAGCAUUUAUUUACCAUAUAUUGCAUGCUCUCUGGUUCCAACACAGUUCAUCCUUCCCUCUAUUUCUGUACACGGGUAAGUUGCAUUGGUGUUUAUGAAAUCAGAACUUGA